AUGAUGUUCAAUCCCUUUGUCACUUCUGACCGAAGCAAGAACCGGAAAAGGCAUUCCAAUGCAUCUUCCCACAUUCGCAGGAAGAUUAUGUCUUCCCCUCUUUCCAAAGAGCUGAAACAGAAGUACCAUGUGCGGUCUAUGCCCAUCCGAAAGGAUGAUGAGGUGCAGGUUGUACGGGGACACGAUAAAGGUCAGCAGAUUGGCAAAGUGGUCCAGGUUUACAGGAAGAAGUAUGUCAUCUACAUUGAACGGGUACAGCGGGAAAAGGCCAAUGGCACCACUAUCCAUGUGGGCAUUCACCCCAGCAAGGUGGUUAUCACCAGGCUGAAACUGGACAAGGACCGCAAGUCCCGCCAAGUAGGAAAGGAAAAGGGCAAAUAUAAGGAAGAAGCAAUUGAAAAGAUGCAGGAAUGAAGUAAUCUUACAUACAACUUUCAUUAAAAAAAAAAAAAACUGUAUCAAAGA